AUGGGCGAUGCGGCUGUGCUUAGUAGCAGCGCCACUCGGCACAGCUGCAAGGUGUGCCGGAAGGGCUUCCCCUGCGGCCGAUCGCUGGGCGGCCACAUGCGGUCGCAUUCCCUGGCCGAGGUGGAGACGGCCGUGGAGGACGAUGCCGAUGACAAUGGCGAGGAGCAGCAGCAGCAGCAACGGCGGGGCUCGGAUUGCCUGAUGGUUCCGGGCGCCGGAGGUUAUGGGUUGAGGGAGAACCCCAAGAAGACGCGACGGCUCUCGGGCCUCGAUGGCGGCGACGAGAGCGGCGGUCGCCAGGACGAGUGCGGCCACGGCGAGCUGCUCUCGCCAUGCGCUCCGGAGGUGGGCCACGAGCGCCGCCAUGCUCCCGGAGCUGGCAUGGAGGUGGAAGCGGAGCGGGAGCAGGAGGACGCCAUGCUGAUCCCGACUGAGCCGGCUGUCGGCCUGAUGCCGGCGCCGAGGCGGAGGCGGCGCUCAAUGCGCGUGCCGGCCCCCGCGCCGCCACCUGCGUUCGAUAAGGAGCCGGAGGACGUCGCGCUCUGCCUCAUCAUGCUGUCGCGCGACAUCCUGCACCGCCGGGACUCCACGGUUACAGGCGCCGAGUACUCGCCGGAGAAGGACAGGAGGAGGCGGGAUUACCACCACGACACCGACUCCGACGACGCCUCUGCUCUCUUCCAGUACGCCGACGUCGAGAUCAGCACCAAGACCAACAAGAGGAAGCCCAAUCGCAGCCUCGCCGGCGACGAGAAGCGGGGCCGGUACGAGUGCCCCGGCUGCGGCAGGGCCUUCCAGUCCUACCAGGCGCUCGGCGGCCACCGCGCCAGCCACAAGCGCAUCAAUAGCAACUGCAGCAUCGCCAAGGUCCCGCCCGAUCAGGCCGAGCUGAGCGUCGAGACCAACGCGUCGUUCAACACUGCGUCGCCGGACACCGACUACGCCACAGACGUUGCGCAUACCACGGCGGUGGUGGCCUUGAAGGCAAAGCCGCAGAAAGCGAUCAAGUUCGAGUGCCCCAUCUGCUUCAAAGUGUUUGGGUCAGGGCAAGCGCUCGGCGGGCACAAGCGGUCGCACUCGAUCGCCGGCGAGCUCUACGAGCGUGCACAUGCUGACGGAGACGCUGGCAUCGAUGAAGCCGAGCAGCCUAUGAUCGCUGAUGGGUUUCUUGAUCUCAACCUGCCAGCUCCAGGAGCUGAGAAUUGAAGCAUGGCUGGUUGCAUUGGGUAUGUACUGACUCGGAUUCAAUUGAUUCUUUGGAGUUUCAAGUUAGAAGUGAGCUUGGGGGUAAUAAACAAUGCAAC